AUGAGUCCCUUCCGCCUGGUCUAUGGCAAAGCUUGUCACCUUCUAGUGGAGGUAGAGCACAAAGCCUUCUGGGCGGUAAGAGAAUGCAACAUGGGACUUGAGAAUGCUGGAGCUGAAAGAAAGCUGCAACUACAAGAAUUAGAGAACCUUUGCCUCGAAGCAUAUGACAACUCCAGGCUAUACAAAGAGAAGGUGAAAGCUGUGCAUGACAAGCACAUCAAGCGGUUGAGGCUCAUGCCAGGCAAGCUAAGAUCAAGAUGGGAAUGUCCCUAUAGAGUAGAAAAUGCAGAGCCAUACGGAGUCUUUCACCUAAGUCAUCCUUCAAGCUCAAAUUUCAUCAAGGUCAAUGGACAUCGCCUGAAGCUGUAUCAUGGCGAGAAGAUGAAGAACAACAAAGAGUUAGAGAUCUUCCUCUUGGAGGAUCCACCAACAGCAGAAGACUGA